AUGUGCAAUGAGUCAGUGAGUAAUGACAUCAUCACUAUCCCAAAGCCUGCUCUUUUAGUGCCUGCUCGGCCUGCUCAUCUGUGUGGUGUGUCUGUGUGUGCGAGCGUGCGGGUUGGGCUGCCUACUGCCUUAGCAUUUUAUCUCUCCCCAUUGCCUGGGGAAUUCCAGCCUGGGAUCUGUCAGAGUGUGGAUCCAUCAUCUUCCACUCACUGCAACUGUCACCCUGCCAUUGCCAGCCACAGAUACAGUCAGUCUGUGACCCUGAUUUUGUCUUUAAUAUUGGUGCUGGUGCCAUCUUAUGGC